AUGGCUUCAAAUUUUCAACAACGACAACGAAUAUUACAAUUUCUAAUUAUUCCUGAUAUUUCAUCAACAGAAAAACGAACAUUAGCCUCACGUCCACUUUUUGAUAUCCGAAAGAUAGAUGAUUUUAUCAAAAAAUUUGACUUAUUCUAUAAUGAUAACUUUGGAUUUCGUGUUCGACUUGUAGCUGCAAACACUCGUCUACAUGUCAAUUUGUUUGGAAUAUCUGGUGUUCCACGCGUCAUUAUUGGUAAGCAUGGUUGGUUGUUUAUUAAUGACUAUCCACCAACGGAUCCAAGAGCAUUUUCUAGUUGGCAAGGAUAUAAUCCUUAUUCUCUUGAUGAAUUAGUGGCUAUUCAAAAAAACUUGGAAGCUGAAAAUAAGUGGUUUACUCAACAAAACAUUACUUUUCUUAUUCUUCCAUCUCCUGACAAGCAUUCAAUCUAUUCAGAAUAUUUACCAUGGCAAUAUAACACUAUUGUUGGUCCAACCAUCCAACAUUUUCCAUCUGAAGCAUCGGUAAUUUACCUUGAAAAAACAAAUACUUGUACAUGUGAACCUGAUAAUCGUUUUACUUUGUUAUAA